AUGGAACCUAGCACAGAAUCUGAGCCAGAAAAGCCCUCUUGGGUCCACUCUGCCUCAUUGACUGCCAAGGGGCCGUGCGGCACUGGUUCCUGCGAUGCCAAGGGGCCGUGCGGCACUGGUUCCUGUGAAGCCAAGGGGCCGGGCGGCACUGGUUCCUGCGAUGCCAAGGGGCCGUGCGGCACUGGUUCCUGUGAAGCCAAGGGGCCGUGCGGCACUGGUUCCUGCGAUGCCAAGGGGCAGUGCGGCACUGGUUCCUGCGAUGCCAAGGGGCCGUGCGGCACUGGUUCCUGCGAUGCCAAGGGGCCGUGCGGCACUGGUUCCUGUGAAGCCAAGGGGCCGUGCGGCACUGGUUCCUGCGAUGCCAAGGGGCCGUGCGGCACUGGUUCCUGUGAAGCCAAGGGGCCGUGCGGCACUGGUUCCUGCGAUGCCAAGGGGCCGUGCGGCACUGGUUCCUGCGAUGCCAAGGGGCCGUGCGGCACUGGUUCCUGUGAAGCCAAGGGACCGUGCGGCACUGGUUCCUGCGAUGCCAAGGGGCCGUGCGGCACUGGUUCCUGCGAUGCCAAGGGGCCGUGCGGCACUGGUUCCUGUGAAGCCAAGGGGCCGUGCGGCACUGGUUUCUGUGAAGCCAAGGGGCCGUGUGGCACUGGUUCCUGCGAUGCCAAGGGGCCGUGCGGCACUGGUUCCUGUGAAGCCAAGGGAACGUGCGGCACUGGUUCCUGCGAUGCCAAGGGGCCGUGCGGCACUGGUUCCUGCGAUGCCAAGGGGCCGUGCGGCACUGGUUCCUGUGAAGCCAAGGGGCCGUGCGGCACUGGUUCCUGUGAAGCCAAGAGAACCAAGAGAACGUGCGGCACUGGUUCCUGCGAUGCCAAGGGGCCGUGCGGCACUGGUUCCUGCGAAGCCAAGGGGCCGUGCGGCACUGGUUCCUGCGAUGCCAAGGGGCCGUGCGGCACUGGUUCCUGCGAUGCCAAGGGGCCGUGCGGCACUGGUUCCUGCGAUGCCAAGGGGCCGUGCGGCACUGGUUCCUGUGAAGCCAAAGGAACGUGCGGCACUGGUUCCUGCGAUGCCAAGGGGCCGUGCGGCACUGGUUCCUGUGAAGCCAAGGGGCCGUGCGGCACUGGUUCCUGCGAUGCAAAGGGGCCGUGCGGCACUGUUUCCUGUGAAGCCAAGGGAACGUGCGGCACUGGUUCCUGCGAUGCCAAGGGGCCGUGCGGCACUGUUUCCUGUGAAGCCAAGGGAACGUGCGGCACUGGUUCCUGCGAUGCCAAGGGGCCGUGCGGCACUGGUUCCUGCGAUGCCAAGGGGCCGUGCGGCACUGGUUCUUGCGAUGUCAAGGGAACGUGCGGCACUGGUUCCUGUGAUGCCAAGGGGCCGUGCGGCACUGGUUCUUGCGAUGCCAAGGGGCCGUGCGGCACUGGUUCUUGCGAUGCCAAGGAGCCGUGCGGCACUGGUUCCUGCGAUGCCAAGGGGCCGUGCGGCACUGGUUCCUGCGAUGCCAAGGGGCCUUGCGGCACUGGUUCCUGUGAAGCCAAGGGGCCGUGUGGCACUGGUUCCUGGGAUGCCAAGGGGUCGUGCGGCACUGGUUCCUGCGAUGCCAAGGGGCCGUGCGGCACUGGUUCCUGCGAUGCCAAGGGGCCGUGCGGCACUGGUUCCUGUGAAGCCAAGGGGCCGUGCGGCACUGGUUCCUGCGAUGCCAAGGGGCCGUGCGGCACUGGUUCCUGCGAUGCCAAGGGGGCGUGCGGCACUGGUUCCUGCGAUGCCAAGGGGCCGUGCGGCACUGGUUCCUGUGAAGCCAAGGGAAUGUGUGGCACUGGUUCCUGCGAUGCCAACGGGCCGUGCGGCACUGGUUCUUGCGAUGCCAAGGGAACAUGCGGCACUGGUUCCUGCGAUGCCAAGGGGCCGUGCGGCACUGGUUCUUGCGAUGCCAAGGGGCCGUGCGGCACUGGUUCUUGCGAUGCCAAGGAGCCGUGCGGCACUGGUUCCUGCGAUGCCAAGGGAACGUGCGGUACUGGUUCCUGCGAUGCCAAGGGGCCGUGCGGCACUGGUUCCUGUGAAGCCAAGGGGCCGUGCGGCACUGGUUCCUGCGAUGCCAAGGGGCCGUGCGGCACUGGUUCCUGUGAAGCCAAGGGAACGUGCGGCACUGGUUCCUGCGAUGCCAAGGGGCCGUGUGGCACUGGUUCCUGCGAUGCCAACGGGCCGUGCGGCACUGGUUCUUGCGAUGCCAAGGGAACAUGCGGCACUGGUUCCUGCGAUGCCAAGGGGCCGUGCGGCACUGGUUCUUGCGAUGCCAAGGGGCCGUGCGGCACUGGUUCUUGCGAUGCCAAGGAGCCGUGCGGCACUGGUUCCUGCGAUGCCAAGGGAACAUGCGGUACUGGUUCCUGCGAUGCCAAGGGGCCGUGCGGCACUGGUUCCUGUGAAGCCAAGGGGCCGUGCGGCACUGGUUCCUGCGAUGCCAAGGGGCCGUGCGGCACUGGUUCCUGCGAUGCCAAGGGGCCGUGCGGCACUGGUUCCUGCGAUGCCAAGGGGCCGUGCGGCACUGGUUCCUGCGAUGCCAAGGGGCCGUGCGGCACUGGUUCCUGCGAUGCCAAGGGGCCGUGUGGCACUGGUUCCUGCGAUGCCAAGGGGCCGUGCGGCACUGAUUCCUGUGAUGCAGUUUCCUAA